AUGAAAUAAAAUAAUAUUAUUCGACAUGGUUGUUCUUAACUUCCAACACUCUAUCAAUCACUAACUUACUUGCUUUACUUUCCAAAUAUUUUAAACUGCUUUCUUUAAAUAUCUUUACUUGAUGAAUCAGUAAAAGUAUGAU